AUGCUUAGCGAUCCGCACACCGAUUGUUACAGAUUCUGCGCUGGUUACAACUCGAAGCUGCCGGCAGAUGCACCUGCUGACGUGAAGGCCAAGUACUGGAUGUUCGAGGAGACGUGCAACGACGGGAAUGGAGGAAUUUGCGCGUGCUACAACGCGAACAGGUGCAAGGACGAGACGAGCUACACGGACGACUGGAUGCAGCCGAGCCGCGGCGACGUGGCGACGGACGAUUAUGAGGUGCCGGCCAACUUCACCGUCGGCGCGCUGUGCCUCGCCGUCGAGAAGGGCGACCCGCACUUCACGGGCGCUGACGGGUCGCACUUUGACUUCUCCGGCCUCCCCAACCAUCAUUUCGCGCUCAUCUCCGACGCGCACUUGCAGGUCAACGGCUACUUCGGCGGGCGGUUCGGCACGUGGGGCAACGCCACCAAGGCGCUGACGUGGAUUCGCUCCCUCGGGAUCAUGUUCGGCCACCACACCGCCGUGCUUCACGCCCGAAACGGCUCCUCCGCCGACUAUGGUAACGGCUACCUGGGCCACGUGACGGUCAACGACCGGCCGGUUAGGGUACCAGCGCCAGGGACGAGCGUCAAUCUCUGGCCGGGCGCGUCGCUGCGGUGGGUGGAGGCGCGGCUCCGGAGCGGGGAUGACCUAGUCGACGUGUACGACCUGCUUAUAACGGAUAUGGGCACGCUGCGGCUGACGCUGCGACCCGAGGUGAAGAACCUGCGAACGGGCGACGAUGGCGUGGUGCACUUCGGCAUCGACGUUCUAGGCUCCACGUUCUCCACGGCCGUGCACGGCGUGUUGGGACAGACGUUCCGCCCCGACUUCCACGGACGACUCAGAAGCACAAUCCUUCAGUGCGCGCAAACUCUUCGUUACGCCUUGUCCCCCUUCUCCCACCUCUCCUCCCCUACAGACCCGACUCAGGAGCUCUUAGUGCAACCCUCUGCUGCGCGCCAAUGCCUCAUUCCCUCCCAACCAACCCCUUUCCCCCCGCUUCUCUUCCCCCUUCCCUCUACAGCGCGAACCAGGAGCUCAAAUACAAUCCGCUGCUGCGCGCCAAUGUCUCAUUCCCCAUCGUUCCCCCCUCCCCCUUCCCCUCUCUCCCCUCCUCCCGCCUACAGCGCGAACCAGGAGCUCAAGUACAACCCGCUGCUGCGCGCCAAUGCCGUGCCGGGCGACAACGCGGAGGGCUUUAUCGACGGCAGCGUGGAGGACUAUCUCGUGUCGGACCUCCUUAAAGCGGACUGCCGCUUCUGCCGCUUCUCGCGCUCCCCCGAGGUUGAUUCUGAGCUCGCGCACGCGCUGUCGCUCCUGCGCGUGAAACUGCCCAGAAAGUUCUUCCCCCAGCCGUGGUUCGGGCGGAAAGGGAAGGGGAAAGGGAAGGGGAAGGGGAAGAAGAAGGGGAAGAAGAAGGGGAAGAAGGCGGGGAAUAAGCGGAGUGGCGGGCGGAAGGGCGGGCUGAAGAGCUGGUUGAGGAAGAAGGCGGCGGGAGGGGUUGGGAGCGGUGCAGAGGGGGGAAAGAGGGGCAGUGUGAAGAGUAAGAUUGCGAGGCUUUUCGGGAGGAGAACGGAGUCGUUGUGA